UAGCCUAAAAAGAACUGUUUGGAAGAACUAUUCAGUAUAAAAAAAGGCAUUAAAGACGAAGAGCAGGAUUUGGGUCAUUUAAUUAAUAUUCACAUAAAAACUUCCCUCAAAGUCUUUGCCGCCACGAGUUCAAGCUAAAUAGCUCAAAAAACUCUUCUCUGUAAGUUUUUUAUUUUAAAAUCCCUUUACUGAUAUCCAAAUCCACGAGGCAGCUACAGGCUACUUGUGUAGCGAGUUCACGUGGUAACAGUUGCGUGUUUGUGUAUUAAUUUUUCCCCGCAAGGACAACAUGUCGUUGACUGGGAAAGAAUUUAGGUAAAGCUUGUGUUGACACAAUCGCUGUACCCGGGGCACGCUCAAUUAGUGCGUUAGGCACACCGCUCAACAGCAACGUGACGUUCCAGCAUGGUCGUACGAGCUAAAAAUAGACUUCCAUUUCGAGUGUGGAUACACAGGCGUCAAUACCAAGUCGCAUUGAAAUCGUGUUGACAGAAGCACAAUAGUUUGAACUUAUUCUCGAACUUUUUGGACGAGCCUUCCUAUCGCCCCCCCCCCAAAAAAAAACGGUACCCGGGUUAAUUUUUCCUCCACGUUUGAUGUUAUUGUCUGGUUGAUGAAGUUGGAGGCAUCUUUGCACUUGGGUUUUGGAGGCGCAUCAGUGAUUGUCUAGGCUGCCGUCAGAUCUGACAGACUGGCACAGAUAAUUGUGAUAAGAUUGAGCUCCAAUAUACGUGGACGAUAAUGACAAAAAACGAUCCUUGCUUGUCUUUCUUCAACGUAAACUUUGAUUAGUAAUGCUUAGGUAAACUGCAGUUUGUCCGUAUUUUAACUUAGUCCACUUCCAACUGUUUUGUUGUUGAUUUGUUAUUGUUCAGGAUUCGUCGUUUCUCUGUAUUUUCAACUGUUCCAUCGGCAGAUCAUUAUACAAUGUAGGGCGAUGUGUAUGAACUCAGGACCAAACUUUGAAGGUUAUUAUCGGAGGCUGUAGGGACGUGACAUGAUCGUCCAUUCCUUGUUCCAAGCCGGAUUUAAACUGUCUCUCACAGCUGCGGGUCCGUGUUGCCACAGAAUAGGUCUCAGCGGGGAUGCACGUUGCAGUGCGCCGUCCCCAGGACCUUCGAAGAGGUGCUGUCAAUCGCAGGCCGUCCUUGUCAAGCUUUGUCAACUUCUGUUGUUGGUGACCAAGAGCUUCUCUUGUGACAAUGCACAAGUAGUUAGCUGGAAACCGGCCGGGUGAAGACUGAACAAAAAAGCAGCAUAUUGCGCCGUACUUCAGUUGUGGAUCCCUUGGUACAGAAUGAAAUGGUUCCAUCUCGACACACCCCAGGUACACAUCGAGAAAUCUGUGAAGGCAUCUGUAACCGGUGAAACAGUCACGCUGUAGGCUUGCGGUCUCAAUAAACACGUGCUGAGCCUCUCGCUAAACUAAUUUACGAUGAGAAUUCCUAGGAUGACGACUGGAUGGACUCGUGCCCAGCGCGGCUGGCCACGCUCACUGCUGCACGUCUGAGGAAUACAUCAGUCAAGGGAGACGGAAAGAAAAGGGGGUAUAGAAGGGAUCGCAGGAAAUCCCAAAUAUUCUAGCAAGCCGGCACGUGUAAAAGCAGACAUCAGGAGCUUGUACUUUGGCAGACAUCACUUCCUGGCUCGUAGUUACAAACGAUGGACCACUCUCUGACAGCCCAGGAGACCCCAAGUACAAGUUGGGGACUGAUAGCCUACAGUGGAUGCAACGCGUGCACGUACACGGUGAAUUUUGGUCGAUUCGCUGCAUCAGGAUAGACUCCUUCAGAUGUGCGUUCCCUGUCACUCAUCUCGCCAACAUUUUGUCGCCGAGGCUGGAAUGUUUGAAAGGCAUGUGUUUCAUUCCUCUUUGACAGCCAGCCUGCAAACGACGAGCCACAGGAUCGGCUCAGAUGUAGUGAUAAUUGGUUGAGUGUAACACGCCACCUCCCUGUAAUUGAUAAUCCGGAAUAUGCACCGUUUGGGACGAUGGAGCUGGGACGACCAGUGGUAAACUGUGGGGCCUCGAGUCGACGCCAGAAGAGCCCUGGUGACUCGGUGUGCGUCCGGCGCAUUCUGACUGUAGCUAUCUUCCUGUUACCGUGGGCCAUCUGCAACGCAGCACCUUACCAGCUAGCGGACCACAAAAACGGCCACUGGUCCAACGACACAGUGACAGGGACAUCGUCGGUGACACGUAAAAAACAUCACUCCCACAUGGAGGGCAAACACGCCCAAGGCUGUAAACACGACCACAGCACCAGCAGCCGUAGGCAUCAUCGCGACCGUUAUCGCAACAACCCGCACCGCCACCUGAGUAGGGACAAUGAGGUGGUGCCCCUGAGGUCGAACGACGACAUCCUGAACAACAUACCGACCUAUGUAUCGGAUCUGGUUGUCUUUUCUCCCGUGAAACCAGCCAACCCACCCUGGUCACCGGAAGCCGUCCUGCGCACAGAGGCCAACGAGGUGACGGAUCGGCACCACCGGGAGAGGCGCAGCACCACGCAGGGUGAGCCUUACCGGGCCGUCUGCGAGCCCGAUCCCGGGUGGGUGAAGAAAACCUGGGUCUACGACCUUUUCGGCAACAAUGUGACGGUAAUCAACGAGAUCACCACUUCUGACGGCAUGCGGGCGAAACAGUGGUUCUUCCAGACGACCUGCAAGAGAACUCAGGGCGCAACCGAGGCGCCUCAGCCCUGCGCGGGCAUCGACUCGCGUUUAUACGAGUCGGAGUGUGAGGAGAAACGUUCCUUCGUCUAUGCUGUGGUGCGUACAGAUAUAGGCGAGGAAGGAUGGCAGUGGGUGAUCAUCCCGACAUCGUGUAACUGUGCUUUUAGACCGGUAAGGAAUCCGAGAAGACGGGCCUGGCCGCCUGCGUACUCCUCUACGGACACUCAGACCCAACCCACAAUAAUAAGAGAUCGAUGAAACGGCAGUUCGUGAACAUACCGUGCAGCGAUGGCAGACGAAAACAAGUACGUGCGCUCGAUUAGCAAAAUGGUACUUUCAAGCAACCUAACUUCUAAAAUGGUUGAGAACUACUGACAUUGACGGAAAGUUUUACCCACGGUGGGUACACUCUCGAGGCGGCCCAAGAGGAAGUAUUGAUUCAAUCAGGAAAGUUAUCUUUCAGUCUGCAAUGCUAGCGUGUAACAUUCAUACGGUAAUUUGUGAGUUGGUCAAGUAUUUAGAGUGAAAGAUCAUUAAAAACAAAAGCAAGCUGAUUGGCCAUUUGUCUAAUCAGCUGGUAAAGAGAUCGUGAUUGAUCGAUCCAAAAAGUCAAAUACGCUGUUCAUUUUUCUGGUCAGCUCUUAGUGUGUAAUAAAUGAUAAUUCGUGCUGACGACAAAAACUGAGCCAAGUGCACCGGAGCUUCGACGCUCAGUGGCUGCGCUAAUGGACUAAUUUGAGGGUUUCAGCCUCACGGAGGAUCACAGUGUUCUGGUCUACUUUUAUCGCAUCACUCCCGCCGUUCAGACAUUCACACCUGUCAACGGGCCCAGCAAUCGUGCGAAGUUCACUCUGACCGAGAGCGCUCAUAGUUGCCCACGGAGCGUUUAACGCUUCCUGCGUUUGCAUUCGAGAAAUUUGUGGAAUGUCUGAUUCGUCAGCGAGGGAAAUGGUGAACUGUAUACAAAGCGAACUGCUGCAGUUUAAACACUCGAAAGCAUUCGACCUUGGGAAGACCAUGGAGGAAGGAGGGGACCGAAUCCACAAAUACCUCGAUAGACUUUUAACAUUGGAAAGAAAUGGUCACCCGAUUGAGAGAAUGACCGAAAAUAAUGGUUGGUCGCUGGUGACCGCAAUGCCACCAGAUAUUUGUUCCAAACCUUUAUUUUCAGUCAUAUACUGUUUAAUUACUAACAGCAUUUUGUUGUUUCAAAAUGUACUUUGCGUCGGGGAGAAUUUAAUUUUACUUUGGGAAUUUGCCCUUACCGACGUAGCACUGAGAAUACAGUGUUAUACUGUACGUCGGGUAAGGGCAAAACCCGUAAUUAAAAUAAGCACUAUGCUGUGUCUUUCUUUGAACACGAACAUUCUUUAAUGGAGUGAACACUGUGAGUUUGUGAUCACUUGUGGCUGAUGGUAGGGUUUCCACGCCUUGAUACAGCAAGAAAUUUUCCAGAUCGAAGAUCAAAUCAGAUCAGAUCAAAAGCCUUGAUAUCAUGAAACUACAACCAUAUCUGGGAUAUCAAAUUUCGGUAAAUAGGGUGUACUAUCUGUGUUUUGUGGAAGUGGACGUUUUUGACGAAGAAUUUCAUCUUGAUGAAUGCUGAAUAUAUAGGGUUUAGUAGUGCGUUCGAGACUCAAUGACGGAUGAUUAUUAUUCAUGACUUAGACUUGAAUAAUUAGGACUUUAAAAUGAGAAUUGAAGGUAAUAUUAAAUAAUCCAUUGCUAUAAGAAGGUGGGUAUGCGGAAAGGGCUCCUUUAAAUUGGAAAAAAUGUUGUAAAAAUUGUUACAUUUUACAAAAGAACGAUCGAAAAUCGAAGUUUCGUGGAAAUUGUGCAGAAUAGUUGUUUCUCUCCGUGUGAGGCAGUUUUUCUCAAAGUCUCUUUAGAUUGCCCCAAUACCGAACUUUGUUUAUGAACUGCGAUCAACUUGUCUAGAUCAUGUUGCAGAUUUAUCGAGUAUAAUCGCUCACUUGCACCCAGUCAGUGAUGUCUUCGCGGGUGUAGAAUCUGGGAUGUGGAGUAACAACCGUUUACUUUUGCAACUGAAGGAAAAUACUGUGAUAAAAAACAGAAUGGAUGUCACAGUUGAAAUGAUUGAUACCGACCUCCCUCGAAAGGACCCCACAGCACUCUUUUCCGCGCGAGAAUACGAAACGUCUGCCACUCUACCACGUUUGGUAGAAAGCUACUGUGGAUUUGGCAUCUCCCUUUUUUUCUUUCUUUUUUUUUGACUAUACGGUUUAACUUGGGCCUAAACUUCUUUUAAAUACUACGUAAAUCAUGAUAUACAUUUACUAGGAACACACAGCAGCCAAAAGCUACGAGGGGAUAUUAAUAUUUAUAAGGCAUACUGCUCUUAAAGUGUACCUGCAAUGAAUUUUUCUGUGACCCAAAGUUUCUGCAACUUCACAUUCUUCUUCAAUGUGCGAAAAUUAUUCGACACCACCUUUUGGUAUAAAUGCAUUGAAAAGGGCAAUUUCUAAAACACUGAAUUUUGUCCACUUUUUCUGGACAACUGAGGGCGCUGUUGAUGUGAUGUCAUCCAUGGAAGACAUUUGUUCAAAUUGUGAAUCAAAAAUUAACUUAUAAUGAAAACAUAUCUGAGAAAAGGCUGCAUGCUUGCUUAAUGCUAUGUAUACCUACACAAUAACUCACCCAAAAGAAAAUUGAGGCCAGCAAUAUCUAGGUUAUUCAGCCAGUUUUGUGCACAAAUCAAUGCAAUACUGAAAUUUUAUUCCUGGGAUGAAAUCACAGUUGUGCUCAUGAAUAUGAAAAUAUGCCUACUCAUUGGUAUAAAAACCAAAAAGGCAGCAAAAAACCCUUCUCAAGU